UUAGCAUAAUGAGGGCCUUCUUCUUCGCUUUUACGGCAGUAGUAACAGCGGCUCAGCAGUUCCAAGCAAGGGACAUUGCUGUGCGACUCGCUGGUCCGAACUUCUUCCCACGAGCACUCUCCUCUGCAUCGAGUUCGUUUUCCCCGUUUGGUUCGUUAAGUAGUAAUGCAUUUCAGACUGGGUCGUUAAGUGGCAAUGCAUUUCAGACGGGUUCCUUAAGUGGUAAAGCAUUUCAGACAGGUUCGUUAAGUAAUAAUGCAUUCCAGACUGGUUCAUUAAGUGGUAAUAGAAUCCAGGCUGGUUCUUCAAUAGUUGGAAAUAGAUUCCAAUUUGGUUCUGGAAGUGGAAGUGCAUCACCAUUCACUUCCUUCAGCAAUAGUGGAUCCCAGUCAGGUUCAACAAGCACUGCUGGAAUUCAGUCUGGUCAAAUUACUAACAAUGGAUUUUCAUUUGGUUCAUCAGAUGAAAAUGACAGUCUCUUCCAGUCUGGUUCCGUAAGUAAUGAUGGGUUCCAAUCUGGUUCCGUAAGUAAUAAUGAGUUCCAGUCUGGUUCCGUAAGUAAUAAUGGGUUUCAGUCUGGUUCCGUAAGUAAUAAUGGGUUCCAGUCUGGUUCCGUAAGUAAUAAUGGGUUCCAGUCUAGUUCCGCAAAUAAUAAUGGGUUCCAGUCUGGUUCCGUAAGUAAUAAUGGGUUCCAGUCUGGUUCCGUAAGUAAUAAUGGGUUCCAGUCUGGUUCCGUAAGUAAUAAUGGGUUCCAGUCUGGUUCCGUAAGUAAUAAUGGGUUCCAGUCUGGCUCCGUAAGUAAUAAUGGGUUCCAGUCUGGUUCCAUAAGUAAUAAUGGGUUCCAGUCUGGUUCUAUAAGUAAUGAUGGGUUCCAGUCUGGGUCUAUCACAGAUUCUGGAUUCCAGUCUGGUGCAGUCAUUGACUCUGGAUUCCAGUCUGGUGCAGUCACAAACACAGGAUUCCAGUCAGGUUCAGUCACAGACUCUGGAUUCCAGUCUGGUGCAGUCACAAACACAGGAUUCCAGUCAGGUUCAGUUACAGACUCUGGAUUCCAAUCUGGUGCAGUCACAAAUACAGGAUUCGAGUCUGGCUCUAUCACAGGUUCAGGGUUCCAGCCCAAUUCCAUAACAAACAAUGGAAUUCAGUUUGGUUCAAGUGGAAGUAGAUUAGGACUUGGUUCAUCCACUGAUAGCAGCUUCCAAUCCGACUCAAUAAGUAGCACCACAUUCCAGUUUGAUUCAGACCCUAACACUAACUUAGCAUCAGAUUCUCCAAGUAUCAAUUUUGAACCUGUAUCAACAAGCAGUAGUGGGUUUGGAUCUGACACACCAGCCAAUAAUGGAGUACUAUCUAGUUCAAGACCAACAAGUACUCCAUUCCAGCUCGAUUCAUUUAUCCAGUCUGGAUCACCAGGUGAAAGGGGAACUGAUUCUAACUUUGGAUCUCUAACAAAUGGAAAUGAUUCUCCAAGUAGCACUGGAUUCCAAAUCAGCUCCAGUGGUUCCCCGUUUGAAACCCUUGGUACUUCCGGCUUCAUAUCAUCUUCCUUGUCUGAAAGUGUAUUUGGUUUGGAUACAUCAACUGGCAGCGGGUUAAGUUCUGAGACAUCAAGUGGCGUCAGUUUUGGAACUGGUACAAGCAGUGGCAGCUUUGGCUCAAGUAAAUCAAACAGUGACAGUUUUGGGCCCAGUACAUCAAGCAGCAGCAUUUUUGGGCCCAGUACAUCAAGCAGCAGCAGUUUUGGGCCCAGUACAUCAAGCAGCAGCAGUUUUGUGCCCAGUGCAUCAAGCAGCAGCAGUUUUGGGCCAAGUACAUCAAGCAGCAGCAGUUUUAGGCCAAGUACAUCAAGCAGCAGCAGUUUUGUGCCCAGUGCAUCAAGCAGCAGCAGUUUUGGGCCCAGUACAUCAAGCAGCAGCAGUUUUGGGCCCAGUACAUCAAGCAGCAGCAGUUUUGGGCCUAGUACAUCAAGCAGCAGCAGUUUUGGGCCCAGUACAUCAAGCAGCAGUUUUGGACCCAGUACAUCAAGCAGCAGCAGUUUUGGACCCAGUACAUCAAGCAGCAGCAGUUUUGGGCCCAGUACAUCAAGCAGCAGCAGUUUUGGACCCAGUACAUCAAGCAGCAGCAGUUUUGGGCCCAGUACAUCAAGCAGCAGCAGUUUUGGGCCCAGUACAUCAAGCAGCAGCAGUUUUGGGCCCAGUACAUCAAGCAGCAGUUUUGGACCCAGUACAUCAAGCAGCAGCAGUUUUGGACCCAGUGCAUCAAGCAGCAGCAGUUUUGUGCCCAGUACAUCAAGCAGCAGUUUUGGGCCCAGUACAUCAAGCAGCAGCAGAUUUGUGCCCAGUGCAUCAAGCAGCAGCAGUUUUGUGCCCAGUGCAUCAAGCAGCAGCAGUUUUGGACCCAGUACAUCAAGCAGCAGCAGUUUUGGACCCAGUACAUCAAGCAGCAGCAGUUUUGGGCCCAGUACAUCAAGCAACAGUUUUGGGCCCAGUACAUCAACUAGCAGCCGAUUUGGACCAAGUACAUCAAGCAGCAGCAGUUUUGGGUCUGGUACAUCAAGCAGAAGCAGAACAUCAAGUGGCAACAGAUUUGGCACAGCAACUGGUAGUGAAUUUAACUCUUCAAGCCGAAGAAGACCUGGUGCAGCUAACAGCAGUAGAUCAAGCACACUUGGCAGUAGCAGUUUCGGAUCUAGAACACCAACCGCCAGCAGAUUUGGUGCAACUGGUAGUGUAUUUGGAUCUGGAACAUCCAGAGCCAGCGGACUUGGUGUGUCAAAUAGUGUGUUUGGUCUAGCAACUAGUAUUGGUUCCACUGGAUCUUCAGACAUAGUAAAUGGAGUUUUUGAGCCCCUCAAUCUUCCGGCGGGAGCCUCUCGCUUGCUAAACAGCAUCUCAAACUCUUUCUCUUGCGAAGAUCGUCCUUACGGCUACUACGCAGACCAGGAUAACGCUUGCCGGAUCUUCACUAUUUGCUACCCAGCCCUGUUCUCAGACGGAGCUAUCGAAACCUACCAAUACAGCUUCUUGUGCGGUGAGGGUUCUGUGUUCGACCAAAAGGAACUAACCUGCGUGGAGGAGUCAACCGCCAUUCCUUGCCAAGAAUCUUCCAGUUAUUACUACAGGAAUGAGCAGUUCGGUCGGCCAGAAGAGAGGCAGCAAUUUAAUUAAGGAAAAUACAAGAAUUAACCGAAUUUACUCUGAAAUAAAACACUUAACAAUUCCAAA